UGUCAUUAUGCAUUUUCAGGGUAAAUACAGAACCUGAUGGAUGGAAAAAGCUACGGUAACCUCGUGGAGAAGUUGCCCAUCUGUGCUGAGACUCAGCACAUACAGCUGGCUAGGCCUUUCUGUGCUGACACAGUGGUCACAUUUCACAUGUAUCCAGAAACAGCAAACCAGGUCACUUGCUCUGAAGAUUUGUCAUUCCUGCCUUUCAUGUCUGAUCACCUCAUCAGGGAGAACUUCUACAGUGAGCCCUUCACCUUUCCUUACCAAAUGCCCCAUUCUAGCUACCACAGAAGUGAGUACUCGUAUGGGCCAGCUUUUAUCAGAAAGAGGAAUGAGAGGGAAAGACAGAGGGUUAAAUGUGUCAAUGAAGGCUAUGCUAAACUGAGGCACCACCUGCCCAAGGAGUACUUGGAGAAGCGGCUCAGCAAAGUAGAGACGCUCCGUGCUGCAAUAAAAUACAUCAGCUACCUGCAGUCUGUUCUGUACAGCGACUCUGUGGCGGCAGAGAAAAGCCUUGUGGAGCCAAGCCAAGCACCUAAAGCAACUAAACAAAACCAGUUUUUAAAGACUAUCUAAACAGUUCCAAACCAAGCAAAAGGUAUCCUGUCUGGGAGCCAAGUAGCCACUGUAUUAGUAACGAUGUGCAUGUUCCUGGCGUGUCUUGGGAGCGGAUCAUAGCACACAUCGCUGUCAGCCCACAGAAAAGAGUUUUCAUUUUGCAGAUAGUAGCUCCACUUAAACAUAAAAAAGAUAACUGGGAAAAUCUCAUCUGAAUGCCCUAAGUUAGCUGAUUAACUUCUGGAACUGUCACCAGACCAAAAAUGUAGUUGCUGUAUGCAUGAAGUAGCUGUACGUAUCAUCACAACCUGCAUGCUUUAAAAUAAAAGC